AGAUUGUCGAUACAGAAAAAAAAGCCGCGAUCAUUUUUAGUCGCGGAACCCUGUUCGGUGCCAGCAUAAAUUAAUUAGUCAAUAACACGGUGAACCUGUUUGUAUACGGACGCAUAAACGCAACAAAAUACGUGCACACUGAUCAAAAAACAAAUCUAUAAAAACAAUUAAAGAAACAAGGAUAUAAAACUAAAAACAGUUUGAAAUUUGUUUAAAUUCGAAAAAAGAAGUGAUGUUUAGAUUCAAAUAGAACACGAUAUUCAAUAUCGUGCGAUUCAAAUUAAGAAACAAGGAUAUAAAACUAAAAACAAUUUGAAAUUUGUUUAAAUUCGAAAAAAGAAGUGAUGUUUAAAUUCAAAUAGAACACGAUUCAAUUGUUGUGAUUAAAUUUUGAAAAAAGAAAUUAAAAUAAAAGUAUUCCAAAUUCAAUUCCUAUAGUGAGUUCUAGAACAAUUUCUAAAAUGUGCGCAAUGAGCGAAGACAUUUUAAAUAACCGUUUUUAUGUGCGAUUGUUUUUGAAAACGGUUUUUCAUUGUUUGGGUGCAUUUUUGUGUUACGCUGUAAUGGCAGUUGGGAGUGUCAUAUCGUUCACUUUGACAGAAGAACAAAGAAGAAUACAAGAUAUUGACAAUAUAAGAAAAUACGUCGUUUGUUACCUGACCAAUUGGAAUUAUAGUUUCCAGACCCUCUUCCUCAGCCUGGCCCUGGCUCACGAUGUGCUGGAGUGGAUCAACAAGCACGAGUCCAGACUCGGGAACAGGAUACGAUACUGGAGAGAUGUUAUUUUCACGGCUUUAGUGGUGCCAUUUACCUGUUUUGUGACCGGCAUGUUCUGGUCUGUCUACUCGAUAGACCGGGAGCUCGUCUUCCCUAAAGUGUACGACGCGAUAAUACCCUGGUGGUUCAACCAUUGCGUGCACACUAACAUCGCCGUGGUGAUCGCUGCGGAGACCUUGCUACAGCCGAGGAGGCAACCUGUUAAUAAGAAGCUCGAAGUUACCCUUAGUACUGUGGUAUCCGUGCUUUACGCCGUCGUUUACUACAGCAUAUAUUUCUUCGCCCACCGCUGGCUUUACGGUGUGUUCGGAAUUAUGACUUGGUGGCAAGUCUGUCUGUUCCAACUCUUCAUUUGGACAUCGGUAUUCUUCUUCUACUGGAUCCAAUUCCCUCUAAACAGAAUGGUCCACGGCCCUGAACCGGACAAAUUGCACACAAAAGAAGCAAACAUGGAAACUAAAGACGAGAGAACAGUGGAAAAGACUAAUGGAAUCGUGCAAACAGAGAGUUAUGAGGAGAGGAAUGGUACAGUAAAGAAUCCAGAUUUGCUAUCAGCUCCAUUCGCAACAAAAUCUUGGAGUUUGAAAUAUAGAUUGAUCAGAGAUCAGUUUGAGAAUUCUAGGUUGUGAUAUGUGUAAGCAAGUUUUUGUAUCAUUGGGAUUAAAAUUUUUGAGUUUGUCGAAAAGAGAGUCGUUUAUGUAAUAGUAUAUAUAGAUCUAAAUUCUAGUAUUAACUUAUUUUAGGCCUGGUGUGUUCGAACACGGUCAAAAUAAUCCUCAAAUGGACCUAGAUCUUGAUGGUAUAUCUAUAUAUCUAUUGUAUAUGUUAAAAAAUAUAUUAUCGUUGAGUUUGUAACAUAUAAUACAAGUCUCGAACUAUUGAGCUAACUAAAUCUGUGUUAUUACGUCCAUAUAUAGUCAUGAAAUGUUGGAAAAAUAAUCAAUUUUUUUAGUACACUGUUAUACUUUAAAUGUUUGCUAAAUAUGAACCUUAUACGUGUGUCGAAUAUAGGUUGGUUUUUGGCUAAAGGCGCCACUUAUGCCAUAAUAUAUAAAAAUAAUAUAACCUAGAAACUAGUUCGCUUUUUUGCCACACACCAACUUAUAUUUGACGUUCUUAGCUCGUGUACAAGGAAAUUUUAAAAAACUGUUCAUUUAGUGACCUAUUUUGGGUAAAAGCUUGGUGUUAUUGUAUAUAAAUUAUGAAGCGAUGGUGGUUUAAUGGUUAAGAUACUCGCCUGUGAACCGAAAGGUGCCAGGUUCGAAUCCUACUCGUGCCACAUGAGUUUGUAUAGCAAUCUGACUCAUGUAUAGUCAUUAAUUCAUUCAUUCAUCGAUCACCACUUGCUUCCGGUGAAGGAAAACAUCGUGAGGAAACUUGUAUGCACACUGGUUGAUUCUUAUUAACUUGUGUGUGAAACGGAGAGGGCAAUGGCAAACCACUCCAUUACUAAUGCCAAGAAAAUUGUUGUGUUUAAUUCCACGUAAUGACCACGACCCUCAGCCAUUGGAAAUAGAAAUAUGAAGAGAGAUUGUAUACAAUAUCUUUUAAGUCUACAAUAUUCUACAUUGUUUCUAUAAGCUACCUAGCUUGUCUACGUCUGUAACAUGAGGUCUAAGAAAAUAUUCAACGUAAUGGAUUUUUCUAAAACAUGUUUAAAUUGUGAUUUAUUUUGUACUUUUGCUUGUCAGAAUUUUUAGCUAAGAUCUUAAGAUCUUUUAGCUAAGAUUGACGACCUCGGUGGCGCAGUGGUAAGAUUCUUGCCACUGAACCGAGAGGUCCAGGGUUCGAUCCCCGGUCAGGUCAUGAUGGAAAAUGAUCUUUUUCUGAUUGGCCCGGGUCUUGAAUGUUUAUCUAUAUAUGUAUUUAUUAUAAAAUAUAGUAUCGUUGAGUUAGUAUCUCAUAACACAAGUCUCGAACUUACUUUGGGGCUAGCUCAAUCUGUGUGAUUUGUCCUAAUGUAUUUAUAUUUAUUUAUAUUUAUAUAUCUCUGACACAAUUUACUAAUUUACUAACACCGCGACAUUUUUAUUAUCAUUAUUAUUAUAUUAUAAUAUUAUUAUAGAUAGCUGAAACUGAACAUCUUUCCUUGACACGUAUAUAUUUGAUUAUAAACAAGUAAUUUUCCUAAAAAAACGAUCAAAUCGAUCAGUAACUAAGUGGAGGAAAGAAAUAUAAUGAAUGAAUGAAAAAAUGUUCCAAAUAAGGAAGGCUUGUCACGUUUCACGAAAAAUUAUAUAUAUAUAUAUAUAUAUAUAUAUCCAAUUAUAAGUAUUAUUACAAUGCUAUAAAAACAAAGCGUGUAAACGUUAUUUACACAAAAACUAUCGUAUGGCAUUAUAUUUAUUACUAAAUGUGUACAGAAUCUUGUAAUAAGAUAAAUUUAUAAUCAUAAAACUUGAUAGUAAAAAUUGAAAAACUGAAGAGUAAUAGGUAUAUUUUAACAUAAAUUAUUUAUAGUACAGAAAUGUCCAAAUCCAUUGUAAAAUAUAAAUAUAUUCAAAUUGUAAUAGAUAAAUAUAUUCGAACGCGAAAAAUAUUUAAGUUGAACAUUUAAUAUGCAACAAAUUGUUAUAUUACUAUAAACUUAGUACAAAGGCUCUCUUUUCCAGUUUUUUAUACGUAAAUAAAGUGUGUAAUUUUAAAUCCCUUUUCCUAUGUGAAUUGCAAAUUAAAAACACUAUCGUCCAUGUAUAACUUAAUAUAUUCAUAUUUUAUAAUUGUAUAUAUGAUUUGUAUGUGAGUUUUGAAUUAGUCAUGAAUGUAGGGAUUUUUUUAGCAGUAAUAAUGAUGGUAUUUUAUUGGUAAUGUAGACAGUAAAUAAAUAAAAAAAUAGAAUAUGAAAAAGCUA